AGCCGUUUUGGCUCCUCCGAAUUUGGACCGGCACUGUUUUUUUGGAAGCUGUCUCCCAGGCGCCUGGAUGUUCUUUUCAAUGAAGAAUGAGGUGACAAAGGCAAGAUCUUAUUGUGAAGCAUCCGGGUCUUUCCAGCUGAACUACCAGAUGACUUCAGAAUCUUUGGGCAAAGGCACCUUCGGCAAAGUGUGCAAAGCGGUGUCGCUGAGAAACGGCAAGGAUUGCGCUGUGAAAGUGGUUCAUUUGGGCUCAGAAGAUGGAACGUUAGAUGAGAAGACUGUCGAAGAAGCGCGGCAGGAAGAGCACAUCAUGCAUCGUGUUGGACGGCAUGAGCAUUGUGUGGCGCUUCUGGAAACCUUUUCGGACCUGACAUCUCAACGCUUCUACUUUGUAAUGGAGCGGUGCGGAGCAAGUUUAAUGGAUUCCGCUGACUACGUUCUGACGUGUGAGGAUGACAUUUUUGGUGGCCUGGUGCGGGAUAUGGCCAAGGCGCUAGCCCAUGUCCACAAGAAGGGCAUAAUUCAUCGCGAUAUCAAACCUGACAACUUGCUUUUUGGAGAUGAGGAGCGGCGAACAUUGAAGUUGUGCGACUUUGGACUGUCUGUGGCGGCUUCAAAGUCGCAGAAUUUGCCAGGGCGUUUUGGAACCAUGCCCUAUAUGUCGCCAGAGAUGGCAGCGUCAGCAGGGCAUUGCUUCAGCACAGAUGUGUGGUCCCUGGGCGCCACGUUGUAUGUCUUGAUCUUUGGCGAUUUGCCAUACAGGCCACCCAAAAUGUGCCGUGAGCAUCUCAAGAUGGCAAUCAUCACAGGAUGCUUGCGGCCUUCCUUUCAGCCAUCCAUCAGGGCAAACCUCAUGCCCAGAGCUGCUUCGUUGGUUGAUUUGGUGAAGCAGAUGCUGUCACGAGACAGGUCGACACGGCCCACAGCAGCGCGGGUCCUCACGGCCGUGCUGAAACCAGGGAGCUCAACGAGAACUUCUCGUGUCCAACAGGCCUUUUGCACCGCGCCAGGCAAGCUGAAGACAGCUUUGCAUCUGAAAGUUCACUUUGGCUGCUGGAAAGCUCAGAAGAGCGAGGAUGAGGAUGACGUGCUUGGGAAGGAUACGCAGUUUGCUCGUGCUGUGACCUAUUGACCGAAUUCGAGGCGAACAGCUUGUGAAGCAUCCCGAGGGACUGGUGCAUCAAGACCAUGCGGUGGAUUGUUUCAAUUGGGACGCAGGCACCUGCAUCGCCCAAAGGGAUGAACCUGUGACUCAAACCACAAGGGACUCAUGAACUUUGUGC